GGACUAAAAUUAACAGCCCUUUGAUGCAGAGGAAGAAACUGUAUUUCAGAGCAAAGUACCUAGUUACCUUUGAUAAUAAAACUGCUGGCUUUAUCUUGGAGGCAACGCUGAGCGCUGCACAUCUCCACGAAGCCUCCUGGCAACCUUUUCUGCAGGGCUGCAUGACAGCAGGAGCUGCCAGGUAAACCCAUGAGCCUGUAAGGAGGCGAGGCCAGGACGCACCAUGGGCCAGAAGGUCACGGGUGGGAUAAAGACCGUGGAUAUGAGGGACCCUGUGUACAGGCCAUUGAAACAGGAGCUGCAGGGGCUGGACUACAGCAAGCCCACCCGGCUGGACCUGCUGCUGGACAUGCCCCCGGUGUCCUACGAGGUGCAGCUGCUGCACUCGUGGAACAACGACGACCGCUCGCUGAACGUGUUCGUCAAGGAGGACGACAAGCUGAUGUUUCACCGGCACCCCGUGGCCCAGAGCACGGACGCCAUCAGGGGCAAGGUGGGCUACACGCGGGGGCUGCACGUCUGGCAGAUCACCUGGGCCAUGCGCCAGCGGGGCACCCACGCCGUGGUCGGCGUGGCCACGGCCGAGGCCCCCCUGCACUCCGUGGGCUACACGACGCUCGUGGGCAACAACCACGAGUCCUGGGGCUGGGACCUGGGGCGCAACAGACUCUACCACGACGGCAAGAACCAGCCCAGCAAAACCUACCCCGCCUUCCUGGAGCCCGACGAGACUUUCAUCGUGCCCGACUCCUUCCUGGUGGUUCUGGACAUGGACGACGGCACGCUGAGCUUCAUCGUGGACGGGCAGUACAUGGGGGUCGCCUUCCGAGGGCUCAAGGGGAAAAAGCUCUACCCGGUGGUGAGCGCCGUGUGGGGCCACUGUGAAAUUCGGAUGUGCUACUUGAACGGGCUUGACCCUGAACCCCUGCCCCUGAUGGACCUGUGCCGGCGAGCCGUGAGGCUGGCCCUGGGCAAGGAGAGGCUGGCUGAGAUCCCCAGCCUGCCCCUGCCAGCCUCCCUCAAGAGUUACCUGCUCUACCAGUGACCCCGUGCUCGGGCCAGAGCGGGAACCAGGAUGGAUGGAGCUGCCCCGCGGAGCCCUGCGCUCCCCAGGCUGGAGCUGCCUGCCCGGAGGAUCCCUGCUGCCAUGAAUUUCACCUGCAGCUGCUGCAGCCUCCCUCUGCUCCCUCUGGGGCAGUCCUGGCCUCACAGCUGGGUGCUUUGUUCCUUGGGAGUCGCAAAAGGAACACUGACAGAGGCUCUGGGCUCCCCUCUCCUGCUGCCUCCCUGGGGUCGAGGGCAGUGGUUCUUCUGUACCAGCUAAAGGGAAGGGUGAUAAUAAAACAAUAAUGCUAAAAGUAAGAAUUAAAGCAUAAUUUGCGGGAAGAGGAGGCAUUAGGAAUAGAAAUGUCAAGGCCACGUGCUGAGAAUGGAAAGGCUCAGGAUGGGCAGCAAAGUUGGAAAGAGUCUGGAAUACCAUAAAGAAUUAAUUAAUGAGUAUUUAAAAGCCAAAAAAACAAAAAGUACAACCCCACACCCUGAAGCACCAAAACCAAGAGCCCUUCUUCCACCAGGACACUUGCUGGCCUGGAGAAGGUGGUCAUGUUGCUGAUGUCUGUAUCUGUGCUGGGACUCCUCACCUUGCUGUGUUGCUGUUUCACAGGUUGUGACUCCUGCUUUCUCCUUUACCACCAGUGCUCCUCCUGCUCCAUCCUCUGCCCUGCCUCCUCCUGGUGGCUUCGACAGCUGAUUUUGCAGUCAGGCUGUGCCCCCUUCCUGCCUGAAACCUGCAGCUUCUGCUGUGGGACCCCUGGCGGGUGUGGGGCAGGCAAGGACAGACCUGUGCAGCAGGGUGGGAUGGUGCUGAGCUGUGUCCCACAGCUGCAGGUCCUGUCCCCCCACGCUGAGGCUGCAGAGAAACCUUCCCGUUCCCUAAUAGCACUGCCAGGGAAUUCCCUCCUUGAAAAGCUGCUCAGAUUGACCCAAGGCAGGUUUGUUCCAUGCCAGAGCAGCCUCACCUGCAGGUCCCUGUGCCCUGCUGGGUGCCAGAAGUGCCACCAGCAGCAGGGCAGAUCCACCAGGCCAGGGCUGAUCUUCAGGCACAGCAGGGAGGAGCUGAACCUCCCCAGAGCUGGGGAGCAGGAGAGAGCUGCAAUAAACAGGACAAGCAAUCCAGGCAAAAUCAGCACAUCCCAAAUAGAUCCUCAGGAGCCAGGUAAAGGGGAUGACACUCCUUCCUUAGCAGGAGCUGCUCUCUUGACCUCUCCACAGGUUACUAUGCUGCCUUUCUGGGGUUAUUUUGCACAUUUCUUUGUGUUUUUUUCCUUGAAAAAUGUUUGUGUGAUUGUUUUGGUUUUGCUUUUGAGUUAUCCCUUCGGUUUUGUGUAGGUACAAAUGAGUUCAGUUGAAAAUGUUAAUAUAUAUAUAUAUGUGAGGUGUAUGUAUAAGAACAUGUUUUAAACAGCUGCUGUAAGGUACCUUUUUGAAAAUAAACUACUUGCAUAGUAUUUUUUUAAAGCACAGAGUUGGUGCCAAGACUGGGCGGGGUGUGACGUGCCCCUUUUUUAUUCUAAUAUUAUAUGAGAUUUUUUUUUUCAAUGUAGGGUUUUGUACUAGUCUCUGUUGCAGGGUGGGCCACAAAAUUCAGUGUGUGUGGAGCCCUGCUUGGUUGCCUUCAACUUGAACCAGUGUCUUCCAGAACUCCAGGGAAGCAGCUGUGUUCUCCCUACUUCUAAUGCUCUUUGUGCUCCCUCAUUUCCAUCUCUCCUCACUUCACCAGGACAUGACUCUGUACAGUUUAGAAUUCUUUCUAUUUUAUGACUGUAGGUAGUACUCAGUAACCUAAUAAACUUUAUUAAGUAUUA